CAGCGUGCUAGACUUUUUUUCUUUCAGUCUUCAGUCUGUCCAUCCUGGUUGUAUCUGCUUUCUGGGUGUCGUGUUGCGCACAACUUAAGAAACUGCGCCGGUCGCAUUCAGUAAUUGCUCGCCACCCCUCCCCCGCCAUCACGCGCGACCAUGAGCGCGAUUCUCUCCGCCGACGACCUCAAUGACUUCAUAUCGCCUGGUGUUGCGUGCAUAAAACCGAUUGAGACUUUGCCGGCCAAGGAGGAGACCAGCUCGAACCCGUACGAAGUCACGACCGAAGAGAAGGCCGCCGCCGCCGAACCGCCGCCACCCGCGCAGAUAUCGCUCACAGACUGCCUCGCCUGCUCAGGAUGCGUGACGAGCGCCGAGGCUGUGCUUGUUCAGCUGCAGUCGCACAACGAGGUCUUGUCAACGCUGGACACAUACAAGUCGCUGGACGCACCAUGGCUGGCGCAGAGCGGGACGAAAGGGGUCGCGAACGGGCACGCACAUGCAAACGGCUGUAGCGGGCACCAGGCGGAGGGAAAGCUGUUCGUCGCGAGUGUGUCGCCUCAGGCGCGCGCGAGUCUGGCAGCAGUCUUCGGCGUGAGCGAGGAAGAAGCUGGGAACAUGAUCACACAGCUCCUGAGCGGCCCUUCUGGGGUCAAAGCUGGCGGACACCAGGGCAGCGCAUUCACGUGGGUCAUCGACACGAAUGUAGUGCGCGAAGCAUGUCUGGUCGCAGCCGCAGACGAAGUCGCCACCGCCCUCUCACCAGAGACCUCGAAGACACCCUCGACGCCUGGGAGCGAAGGCGCAAUCGAUACCACCCCGAAAGGGCCGAUCCUCACAUCAGCAUGCCCUGGCUGGAUCUGCUACGCCGAAAAGACGCAUCCCUAUGUCCUCCCACACCUCUCGCGCCUGAAGUCACCACAAGCCCUCACUGGCACCCUCCUCAAGUCCGUUCUCAGUCAACGCUACAACGUCUCGCCCUCACAAAUAUGGCACCUCGCCAUCAUGCCCUGCUUCGACAAGAAACUCGAGGCCAGCCGCAGCGAGCUGACAUCGUCCGCCUGGCUACCGAGCCACGACCCUUCAGAACCGGUUCGCGACGUCGACUGCGUAAUUACUGCGCGCGAACUCCUCUCCCUCGCCUCCGCCCGCAACAUCUCCUUCUCCUCGCUCCCCCGCACACCACUUACCGACCGAACGCCGUUCCCCGACCGCACACUCGACGCCUUCCUCUUCCCCUCCACACGACCAAGCCGGAAGAACCAGUCGCGAGACGCAGGCUCUUCGGGUGGCUACUUGUACCACAUCCUCCAAACCUACCAGACCGCACACCCCGGGUCCACCAUCUCCGUCUCACGCGGCCGCAACGCAGACGUCGUCGAAUACACGCUCGCCCAAGGCCCCGACACGAUAAUACGCAUGGCGCGCUUCUACGGGUUUCGCAACAUCCAGAACUUGGUCCGGCGCCUCAAACCCGCGAAGAUCAGUCGGCUGCCAGGCGGGAAAACAGGCGCAGUGCGACGACCGCCUGGCGCGAAAGGGGUCGUGGAGACGAAAGAUUAUGCGUAUGUCGAGGUCAUGGCGUGUCCUGGUGGGUGUACGAAUGGUGGAGGCCAGGUCAAGGUCACAGAGGUUGAGGAGGUACGGGCGCUUGAAAGCAAGCAGGAGCAGGGGUUGGUCGAGGAGAGGGAGGUGGUGAGGCCCGGGCCGAAGGAGCAGAAGGAGUGGUUGGCGAGGGUGGAUGAGGCGUAUUUUUCGGGAAGUGAUGCCGAGGAUGAGACUGCAGAGAAGGAUCAAGAUGGAGAUGAGGAAAUGCAAGAGGCUAAUGGCCAUGAUGCAGAGGGUGACGUGGUCAAUGGGAUUGACAGGAAGCACGUCAAGGGUGCAAUGGCGCAUUGGUCAAGCAUCACGGGCGUCGACAUGCAGAGCUUGUUGUACACUUCCUACCGAAAGGUUGAAAGCGAUGUAGGAAAGAAAAAGCAGAGCGACAUGGAGAGAGUGGCGGGUCUGGCCGUCACUGUCGGUGGUGGGUGGUAGACAAAGAAGGUAUAGACAAGCAUUGGGCGGCGUAUCUAGAGGAGCAAGCAUUUACAUAGCCUUAUGGCCGACAAGGAAGCAUCUGCACGAUUUGAAUGUUAGAAGCUUUUGUAAUAUUUGGUUGCUUCUCCAUUUCUCCCACUUGUCACGCCGGACUGACGAUCGCACAGUCGACACGGCUAUGGUGUUGAGUUCAACAUGGGGAACAACCCGGUCAACAUGGGGAGGCCUUGAGUUGCUA